AAUGACCCUGAAUUCAACCAGUUAUCGAAGUGACCUUGAAAUUUCCGAAUCAAUUGAAUCUCAAUUUACGACCAAUCAUAUACUGUAUAGUUUCCGUCCAUGUUUUUUUCUAUAUAAAGCUAUAUAAAUUGGCCUGGUUUGUUAUUCUAAUCAACUAAAUACUAAGAAUUAAUACGAUUUAAUAAUGCCGUUAACAUCACGUUCACCUUACGACAGUAAAACAUUACUUGCUAAAUAUUAUGAUUUGCCUCAACCUGAUGACAAAAUUCAAGUUAUGUACGUAUGGAUAGACGGAAGUGGAGAAAAUUUACGCUGCAAAACAAUGACUUUACAAGAAGAACCAAAAGUUCCAGAAGACUGUCCAGUGUGGAAUUUUGAUGGGAGUAGUACGGGUCAAGCUGAAGGUUCCAAUUCCGAUGUUUAUUUAAAACCGUGUGCAAUGUUCCGUGAUCCAUUUCGUGGUGGUAAAAAUAAAUUAGUCUUAUGUGAAACUUAUAAUUACGAUAAGAAACCACAUGUUUCAAAUCAUCGUUAUCAUUGUAAUCUUGUCAUGGAGAAAGCAAAAUCUCACCAACCAUGGUUCGGUAUUGAACAAGAAUAUGCUCUACUAGACAUCGAUGGUUAUCCAUUACAAUGGCCUAAAAAUGGUUUCCCUCCACCUCAAGGACCUUAUUAUUGUUCUGUUGGAGCUGGUAAAGCACUUGGUCGUGAUAUACCAGAAGCUUUAUACAGAGCAUGCAUGUAUGCAGGAGUUAAAAUUUGUGGUAGCAAUGCAGAAGUUAUGCCAUCACAAUGGGAAUUUCAAGUUGGACCAUGUGAAGGUGUCUCAGCCGGUGAUCAUUUAUGGAUGGCUAGAUUUAUAUUACAUCGUGUAGCUGAAGACUUUGGAGUGAUUGUGUCACUAGACCCGAAACCAAUGCCUGGUAACUGGAAUGGUUCAGGAGCGCAUACAAACUAUUCAACUCAGGCUAUGAGGGAUCCAAAAUCAGGUUUACAAGCAAUCGAAGAUGCUAUUGAAAAACUAUCACAUAAACACAUGGAACACAUUCAAUGCUAUGAUCCUAAACAUGGUUUAGACAAUCAAAGACGUUUGACUGGUAAUCAUGAAACAAGCAGUAUUAAUGAUUUUUCAUCUGGUAAGUUAGUAUCCCCAAAGAAAUUUUGUUCUUAAUGUUCUACAACUUUUUCAAGCAAUAGAUGAUAUCACCAUGUAUGUAGUAUUUAAAGUUUACAAUAUACAGAUGAAAUCUAUUAAAAACACGUAGUUCAGCGAAGGGAUCUCUUUUCAACGAAUUUAUUAUCAAGCUGUGUAAUCAUAUAUAUAUUGAAACUUUUUUGUUAGGAAUUGUGAACACGAAUAAACAAGAUGACGUAAUAGAAAGACUAUAAUACUAGAUUACGUAAUACGAAUAAUAACGAUAGACUUAGUAAGUUAGUAACGAAUUAUAACGUGAAUGUAUUAAGAUGAUUAAAAUGUUUUUGUUACAAUAAUUAAAGGUCAUUAAAGGUCAUAGUUGUGUAAAAAAGUGAUAUGAUGAGCAUUUAUGAAUAAAAUAAUGAGAAUAUGAGACAUAAGUAAAAGGCCAAGGUAACGAUAGGACAAUAGGAAUGCGAGUUCUUCAUUCCGUAUUACAUAUCCGAUGUAUUCGAUGACAUAAAGAGUGAAUGAGAUUUCUCUUUCUGCAACUAGUACUUUAACGAAAAAAAUUUCAUAUAUAUACGAUUGCACAGCUUGAUAAUAAAUUCGUUGAAAAGAGAUCCCUUUGCUGAACUUUGUGUUUUUAAUGUUUAAAUGGGAAUUAUCUGUCGAAAUCUACUAAGACUAGUUAUAAUGAAAAAAUAUUUAUCAUAAACAGUAAUCUGUGUUUAGGUUCAGAGUUAUUGAUCGAAAUGAAACAGAUGUUGAUCUCUCCUUAACAUUGAGAAUUUUAUAAACAAACUUAAAUGCGGUUGUAAAAUCAACCUUCAAUUUUAUAGAAUCACUAAUGACUGGAGUUAUGUUAUAGACCUAACAUAAUUAUUGACUUGAGAAAAACAUCUUAUAAAUAAUUUGCAAUCAGUAGUUCUAUGGUAACGUUUUACUAACUACUUUACUAUGCUUUAUUGAUUUUUACAAAUUCCUAAAUAACCAUUCAUAAUAAAGCCUGGUCACAUUCUGUGUAGGAUUAACCGUUCAUUGCUCCAGCUGUGAGACAAAUUGUCCAUCAUUUAAAAAAAAAAUUAUUUGAUUCAAUUUUCACUCAUUAACUCUAUUGGAAAAAUUGAAAUAAUGACAAGAAGUUUGUUUCAUGUGGGUAGAUAAAUAACAUUCGAUUGUCGUACACAUAUUAUGUUUAAUUUACACAUUCAAUCAUAAAGUUCUAUCAUUUCCUUCAGUAUUCUGAUGAUGAUUAUCAGCAUCACGUUAGUAUCAUUUUAAACUCCACUCAACUGACUUUGUCGCUCAAAAAUAUACACAGUUUAGGAUAGUGUCGAACUUAUUGGUUGAAAGACCAAAUAUAUUAAGCCUGUUUAUAUUUCAAUUGAGAUCAAAUAGCUAUAUCAUCCAAUUUGGUUAGCAAGUACACAUUCGUGUACACGGCUUCGUGCAAAAUUUUUCAUAUAAGGGUUAGUGAUAUUAUCCUCGAAUAUUCAUCCUGUUCUAAAAGGGCAGAAAUAUUUUUCCUUUCUGAGUAAAUUAUGUAGUUUGAAUUGUUUCAUACGUGUGAAAACUCCUGCUUCUUAUUUAACUGAAUUAAAUUUUCAGUCAAAUUAUAUGAGAAUUAGUUUUUAUAUUAAUAUCUGUUUUUAUGUUUUUAUUUAAAUCCAUUUUGUGAGUGCGCUGAUUUGCACUUCAUGGGCAAGACGGUUCACUUGUGUAAUUGUUUUCUCACACGAUAGAUUACUUUUAAAAUUCAGUGCUUAUUCUUUUCGGGUUCUACCAAUACUGUUUUCUGCCUUCGUCCACUUCCUUAACACAACAGUCCAGACUAAACGUUGUUGUGGUAGAUGAAGACACCUCUAUUUUUUCGAGUAUGGGAAGCAAUGUGAAAACUGUAACAAUUGGUAUCCUCAUGUUUGCACUAGAUUUCCCCUGAACUUGUAUAAGAGUUGUUGCAGGUCACAACCAUAAUGACUGUACAAAAUACACUGUCCUAUAACGUUUCUGUUGAUACUUGAAGUAAUAAAGCUACUGAAUCUAGCUAGGAAACUUCUCACAGAUGAAUAGUAAGUUACAGAAAAUACGGAAUAACUGAUCGAUCUGGAGAAUAUAUUGAGCAUCCAGAUAGAACCAUAGUAAAACACUUCUAGAACAUAGAGAUCGAUUAAUGUACCAAUUUACGGAAGGCUUUUAGGAAAAAUAUUAAACGCUCAGAGAAAAACGGUGUAAUACAACAGCAACCCAGUGAAAACCAUGCAUUAGCAUAGCCCGUGCGAUGCAGAAGAAACAUGGUAAGGUCAAUGAAUGGUUAAAAGCAACGUCCGGAAAAGCAACUAGGAGAAGCAAAUAUGAAGCCCAGUCAUCUGUUAUCAAACCAGUUUGCAAAGGAGAAAAGGGUUUGAGCUAAGGAAUCCCAGUUCUCAGUACUAAAUCAUAUUUCUCUAAGGAGUCAGUCAUCUUGCAUAAGCUGAAAGAAUCCCGAAAAAGAUCCAAAGGUAAGUUUAAAGGCAACCUGAACUACAAUAAAUAUCUAACAUUCAAACUAAUUCCGGAUACAAUAAAGGGAGUUUGUAUACGCAAAUUAUUCAGCAUAAGAUAGAAAUUGUAUUCAGAAAGUCUUCAGGCAAAACAAAUUUUUAAAAUUCCUUUGGCAUCCACUGAGGAGUAAAGUUUAUUAAAGAAUCCCCCCACAAACUGCGUUUAUCUAAACUUUAGGUCCACUCCGACUUCUGGCUGGCUUAUCUCAAUAAGAGACGAUCUGCAGGAAUAGAAAUAGAGGGAUAUCGUCAAAGUGAUGGUGAAAACCUUAAACCAAAGAGUCUUUGAAUCGAAAAAGUCGGGAGCAAACGGAUCCUUAAACCACUCCAAGUGGCACUGGAAAGUACUCCACAGAAAUAAUGGUUUGUUAAACAAACAUUCCCAGACUGCUGAAUGAAAUAACAGAGCUCACAAACAAUGGAAACACAAAAUUUUGAUAUCUUCUUCAUUUCAUAUAUUUGGCUAAUAUCAAAAGUGUUGCAAAUAGAGGCAGUAGUAUACGUAUUCCAAGACAAGUUGCUGAAAAUGGUUGUGGUUAUUUGGAAGAUAGACGUCCGUCAUCCAAUUGUGAUCCAUACAUGGUCACCAGAAUGUUAGUAGAAACAACAUGUCUUUAAUUAUUAUUACCAUUAUUUAUAAAAUAAUGAAGAACUAAUGCACAAUAAAUAAAUCAAUUUUUUUUUAAAAACAUAAUGUUACCAAAUAAUCUCGAAUGUUUCCAUAUAAUCACUUCAUUUUGUUAAUGGUUACAAUAAAUUUAAAAACUGUAUUUACAUAAUUUUGAUAACCGUUGUCAUCAUCAUUAAUUUUUCUUCAUUGUUUACGAAGUUAUCAUCGUCAUCAAAAGCAAAUGCAAGAGCAGUAUUGUCGUUAUUAUUGACUUUUCAGUGGUCGAACAAUUUUUAUUUUCUAGUAUUUUCUAUCAUACAAAUUUAUAGUUUACUUAGUAAAUUAAUCAUUGUCCCAGUUACUGCUUAAUUAUUGAACCAUUCACAAUAAAGGUAUUAAGAAAUGUUGAAUAUUGAUUAGUUUUUUUAAACAAAUAAACACAUACACCAUCUUUUCUGUUUGUUGUUUUACAUCACUUGCCAUUUAAAUCUAUCGUUUGUGAUUUAUAUAAAAAAAUCGUUUUAUUUUAUAUUUUAAAAAGUUAUGAAUAAAAAAACACUAAGAAACAAACUAUGAAAUCUAAUCGUUUC